AUGAACUUUUUGACAAAAAUUGACCAAUCAAAUAAAACUGGCGCACAAGGAGGUCCCGAAUCAAAAUUAGAUGACACUGAUAAACUAGUGAUAGAAAUAAUUGGAAAGGAAUCUCCUGUUGUUCAAGGAAUUGACGUACCCGAUUCAAUGGAAACUAUUUCCGAAGUUAAAGACAUUACUGAGGACUUUAGUUAUUCUAUGCCCAAUGAAAACGAUGAUAAUGGCACUACAAAAAGCAAAUGCUCGCUUCAACAAAGUUCAUGUAGAGCACCGCUUAUCAAAGGUGAUAAAUACAUAAUUCAGAAGUAUGUUUUGCCAAAAGCGUCAUUGAAUGGAAUAUUGUCGUGUUCAUCAACGUAUACUGAAGUUUACAGACACUUUCAAUAUUUCAAAAACCCAACUAGAGUAGUGCCUUGCCCACUAACUCUACAAAGAGUCAAAGCAUGCGGGAUAAAUGCGAUGAAAAAGAAAGACGUUUCUGGCCUUUUUUGUUUUCUUGACGAGGCAAGUAUUCAGUGGAUUCAACAAGAAGUAUUUGAUAUAACAGAAAAAGCGAAUGAUGAUAUACAACAGGGCCUAGAUGAAGAAGAUGAAUGGUUCUCCGAGGACGACAUGCUCGACAGUGAUGCUGUAUCUGAGUAA